CAGUUGUAGAAGAAGGGUACAAGUUGGUAUCCUGUCUGAAGAGUUAUCCCGGUUUUGGAAAUUGUGUGUAUGAUAUGGAUAAUAAUAGUUGCUCUGUGAUUUCCAGAGGAAGUGGCUUUGGGGGGCUUUUCAGGAGCAGAGGAUAUGGUUAUUCCAACACGGAGCUGGCUGGUGUACCAUUAACAGGAAUGAGCCCCUUGUCACCGUAUUUAAAUAUGGAUCCCAGGUACCUUGUACAGGAUACAGAUGAAUUCAUAUUACCCACAGGAGCUAAUAAACCAAGAGGCAGAUUUGAGCGAGCUUUUUUCACAAUUGGAGGCUGUUGUAUAACAGGAGUAACAUUUGGUGCUAUGAAUGGUCUACGUCUUGGAUUGAAGGAAACCCAUACGAUGGCAUGGUCCAAACCAAGAAAUGUACAAAUUCUGAACAUGGUUACAAAGCAAGGAGCUGUGUGGGCCAACACACUGGGUUCACUAGCUCUGCUCUACAAUGCAUUUGGAGUUGUUAUAGAGAAAACAAGUGGUGCAGAAGAUGACCUAAACACAAUAGCAGCAGGAACCUUGACAGGGCUUUUGUAUAAAUCCACAGCUGGACUUCGUGGGGCAGCAACAGGUGGGCUUAGUGGGCUUUUGCUUACUGGCCUGUAUGCCCUUUACAACAACUGGGAACACAUAAGAAACUCAUCACAAAGGAUUUCGCUUUGAGCAAAUGCACACAGGACCUCAGCAGGAAGUCAUUAAUCAGCCCUUGAAUGAAUAAACUUUAUUUUCUUGGUACCUGUUUGGAUUAUAAGAAUAAAUUUAUUCCUGAGCAUCAUAUGGUUGUUUUACAAGAGUAAAAAAAAUAGGAAGAGCAA